UGCACUUGAUACAAUAAGAAGCAAUCAUGGUGCUCUUAAAGGUGGUCGCAUUUUUGUCGAUAGUCUUACGGUUUUCGAUAGUCGCAGCAGAACCGCUGCGUUUCGAUAACCAUCGCGUGUACACUGUAAAUAUCGAUAAUGAAAAUCAACUACAAGCUUUGCAACUUCUGGAACAGUUUCCCCAAGAGUACAAUUUUUGGGAACCUCCAGUUCAAACAGGAAUGAAAGUUGAUAUUAUGAUCUCACCGAAGAAAGUACGUGGUUUUGAGGAGCUGGCAAGUCGUUUGGAUAUGGCGAUUGCCUUGAAGAUUGAAAAUGUGCAAAACUUAAUAGAUAAUGAAAGGCCACGAAAAGCGUUCAGAGCUGCCACAUUGGAUUGGACGGAUUACUACACUUUGGAUGAAAUGUACGGUUGGAUUGAUACGAUGGUUCAGCAAUAUUCGCAAAUCCUUUCGGUGGAAACCGUUGGAAAGUCUUACGAAGGGCGCGACAUUCGUGCUGUUAAGCUAUCUCAUAAGGCAGGAAAUCCGGGAAUUUUCCUGGAAUCGAACAUUCACGCUCGCGAGUGGAUCACCUCGGCCACAACAACCUGGUUGUUGAAUGAGCUGCUAACCUCUUCGGAUCCAGAGAUUGUGAACAUCGCUCAGAACUACGACUGGUAUAUUCUUCCGGUCGUUAAUCCUGAUGGCCUUAAUUAUACCAAAGAAGAAAACCGAAUGUGGAGGAAAACUCGCUACCCUCAUAGUCUAUUGUGCUAUGGUGCGGAUAUGAACCGGAAUUUCCCUCAUCACUGGAUGGAUGGUGGUUCUUCAUCGAAUCCUUGCACCGAUACGUACGCGGGACCUGAACCGGCCUCGGAAAUUGAAACCAAAGUGUUGAUGGACUACUUCGAGCUUCAUAAGGAGAAGAUUCACUUUUAUCUGUCGUUCCACUCGUACAGUCAAUUGAUACUUCUACCGUUCGGUUAUCAAAACGCCGAUAAGGUAGAUAGGUUUUACGAUUGGAUGGAAAUGGCAGAAGCUGCAGCCAUAGCUCUAUAUAAAAGAUUCGGAACACAAUAUACGGUGGGAAAUACGGCAGAUGUAUUGUAUAUCGCAUCCGGAUCAACCAGAGACUGGGCGCUGGGUGAACACAAUGUCCCCAUAGCGGCUUCCUAUGAGUUCCGUGAUACUGGCAAUUACGGUUUUCUGCUUCCGGCCGAACAGAUCAUUCCAAACUCGAUCGAGGUUCUCGAUUCUUUGGUAGCGUUUUUGAAGAAAGCACGUGAAUUGGGUUAUUUCACAGUUCAAUAAACGAAUAACAAGAUAACAA